GGGAGGAGUUCCCACUAAGCCCGUGGUCCUUUCUCUCAAACAACAUACUGAUUCUCAAUUUUCUCUUACAACGAAAUUUCCUUCCUUUCUUCCUCUACAUUAAAACAAGUUUCACUGUGCUGUGCUUUUGAGAGGGAAAAAAAGGCCAUUCAGCAGGGUGAUCAUCAUUGGAUACAACAGAGACCUUCUAAACGAAGAUUAAAAAAAGCAGUGAUUUUUAAAAGUUUGGGUUUUCGUUUUUGGAUAGAAAAAAAAAUCGAAAUGGGAUCAUCUUCAGGGCAAAGUAGUGGAAGCUAUGAUCUUUCAUUCAAGAUCUUAUUGAUAGGAGACUCAGGUGCAGGCAAGAGUAGUUUGCUUGUUAGCUUAAUUUCAGCUUCUGCAGAGGAUCUAGCUCCCACCAUUGGUGUGGAUUUUAAGAUCAAGUUUUUAACAGUUGGUGGGAAAAGAUUAAAGCUUACCAUAUGGGAUACUGCUGGACAGGAAAGGUUCAGAACACUAACAAGCUCUUACUAUAGAGGUGCCCAAGGGAUCAUACUUGUUUACGAUGUAACACGGAGAGAAACCUUCACAAAUUUGUCCACUGUUUGGGCGAAAGAAGUGGAGCUCUAUUCUACCAACCGGGACUGUGUCAAGAUGCUCGUUGGAAAUAAAGUUGAUAGAGAUUCUGAAAGGGCUGUAAGUAGAGAAGAAGGGAUGGAUCUUGCAAAGGACCUUGGAUGCAUGUUUCUUGAAUGCAGUGCCAAAACAAGAAAAAACGUGGAGCAAUGCUUUGAGGGGCUUGCAUUGAAGAUAAUGGAAGUUCCAAGUUUUUUAGAAGAAGGGUCUGCUAUAGGGAAGAGAAACAUGUUAAAGCAUAAACCAGAGUAUAGAGGUCAUCAAGGCGGUGGAUGUUGCUCUUAAAUUGCACUGAUAUGCAGCCAUAUGGUGGCUUUAAGCUUCCGUCUUAAUUAACAGAUUGUGAACAAAUAUUGUAUAUGAUAUAUUAUUUCGUACUAUAUUUCUGUACUGCUCUUCUUUCAAAUGGAGUUCCCAUUGGUUAAUUGUAUCAUCACUCAAAUUAACUUCAGUUGUAGAGUUUCGGGUGCAAAGUGAGUUUUAAGGUUGUUCCCUCGAAUUGGUGGAGUUGAUCUCAAUUAAUAAAGGAAAUAAUAUUCGAAUUGUUAUAAA